UGAAGUUGGUUCAAACGACCACAGUAACAGCCUGGGGGCGGUGUAAGCCAACUCCCCUGUCUGCUGCCCAUCCAUCCCGCAUCACAGGGCACACUGUCCGGAACACGUGUGUCUCAUUUAGGGAACUGCAGGAGGAAAUGAUGGAGAAGGAAAGUUUGUGACGCCUCUCCGUGGUGUUGGGACUGUCCGCAGGAGGAAAACUGUCGAACAUUUUAUUCUCCUGCUAUACUUCUCACCACACCGCUCCAACAGCCUACUAUACAUCUGAAAAGUCUGUAUGGAUCUUGGAUUAAAAGAGUCCCCAAGUCUGAAAUGUCUCAUGAUUGGAAAUGCAGCUCCACGCCUGUCUGCUGCUCGUUAUCAUUACAACAGAUAAAACAUUGGCCUUGCAGCACCACCUCUGCAGUGGAGAUGUCAACCUGGACCAAAAACCUGCUGGUCAAAUCAAUCUCACUUUACCUGGACUUUUUACUGACUCCACCAACAGACCCAACACUAUAACCCACCACUCUGAUGAAAGUACACCAGUUUCACUUUGCACUUGGACGUUAAGCAUCCCUUUCGGUCGGACGGUACUUUUGAAGUUAAUUAGGUUAGAAAGCAACUCAAGCAUAUCGAUUCGUUGUGUGUCAAAUGGGGAAGAUGUGGUUCUGGAGAGCAGCGGAGGGACGGUUCUGCUGUCCGGCUGUGACAGAAACAAAGCAACACUCUCUUGGACAGCAGCAAGUCAGUCCUCAAAUGAAAUUCAGCUGGCUUAUAAUGUCCAGGAAGAUGACCCACAUUCCUCCGAGGACCACACCAACCCACAGUCAGACCAAGACCUCUUACAUCGGUCUCAGACAGGAACCAGCUUUACAAGAGCUGCUUCCAUUGGUGUAGAGACAGUGAGUGGGAAAGAAGGGGGCAGAGGUCGACUCUACGAAGGUCUGGACUCAAGUUCGGGGGCUUAUUCCUCCUCUCAGGACCAGGGCCUGCUCCACCCCACCUCACCCCUGCAGGGACUCGCAGUGGCUGGGAGAGCUGAUAGGGAAGCUCUCCCUCUUCCUGAGGAAGAACCAAACAAUGGAGCGGAUACAUCUGGAGCGGCUCACCUCACUGAUGGUCCCACGUCUGCCAGAGAGAGGACACACCCCUAUUUUCAGCCAACGCUCAGUACAGUCUCACUUUUUCACACUUUAAUGACCGAAAACACAGAAAAAAACUCUGGAAUUGAGCUCCCGAAAACACAGACGGCCUUGACACAUGAAACAGAAAGUCACUUUAACACCUUGGAUGGCACAGAUAUACAAAGAUUUAGAGUCACUCAUUCUUCUUUGGUGAGCUCCAGCAUCCCAUUUGUCACCUCUUCUCCACCUGAGACAACCAGGGAGAGUGGUACCAUCUGGCUCCCACAUCAUGGAGCUGUUUCUGGGCCACCUGAUGAGAAACCACCCCCAUCCUGGAGGGGCCAUCGAAGCACAGACAUACUAAACUCUGAUCUGAACUCCUCUAUCACCUCUGACCCCUUAAACCCUCCCACUAAGCCUCCAGAGGAAGCCUCGACCAGCACAAACACUGAGACAGAACCUACUGCAUCAUCAUCAUCAUCUUCCUCACAGAGUCCUAGCAUGACACACUCAUCCUCCACCGCAAUCACAGACAUCAACACCACUCUCAGUCCCAUGACGGCUGCUUCAUUUCAACCAAGCAUGAGUACAAAUGUCUCCUUAGUGUCUGCUACUUCAGAUAUUAAAAGUCAGUCUGCUGCGUUUGAGUCCUCUGAAAAGCUUGGAAACACAGAGAUGCUUCACACUUUCACUUCCCCUUCCACACCAAGUCAAACAAAAUCCCCUAAAAGCACAGAGAGCAUCACACAAACUCCUUUCACAAACGCCCCGACCACACAAAAGGAGACACAAACAGCAACAGAAAGGACACAAAGCAACACGGAUGCCAUCUCCUCCCUUCCUGAUGUAACCAAAGCUGACGACAGGACUUUCACUUUCACAGACUCUUCUUCGACACCAGGAGCAGCGCUAACGUUGGGAGAUGUAGUCCAAAGCACAGCUGUUAACAGAAACACUGAGAUCUAUACUUCGCAUCCCACUUUAACGCUUUUUAAUACCAACUCUGCCAAAAAUUCACCGACUUCUUCUCCUCUUUUGUCAACAAGUGAAACCGAACUCUCAACUACAAACUCUCAAGUGCUCCAAACGCACUCUAUGUUUCUUGGCAUUUCACUUUCUACUCACACAGCCUCACCUUUGUCUUCUGUUUCCACUCAGUCCACUGCAAACACACCCAUGCCUACAACCUUUAAAACAUCAACAAUCAAACCUACAUCUUCACACACAGCUCAUACACAGAACCCCCUGCUUUUGCCAUCUUCUACUGACGCCUUAGCUACAUAUAAACAGUCCAGAGACGACAGCACUACACAAGCCUCUCCCCUCUCCAUCACAACUGUAAAACAAGAUGAUGGAUAUGGGGAAGUAGAGAGACAGGGUGAGUCUUGGCAGUGGCUCCCAAGCAGCUCAACCAAACAGACUCCCACAGCCAUCCCUCUUACAACGCCACAUGCCAUCCAGGAGAAUCUUUCAACUCUCCAAACCUCUGCUUUGAACUCCAAACCUACCUGGAGCUCCACAACCAGUCGGCCACCUAAGUUCUACAUUGUGCCAGACCAGCCUGUAGCCAUUAGAGUGGAGUCAAUUGAGCUGCUGCUGCAGAUCAUUGUCGAAGAGUCCAGAUCCGAUUUUAAGUCCAGCCUGGAAGAAGAUGCAGCUGCUUGGAUGGAGCCGUACCUUCACAGAGCCCCGGGGUUCACCAGGCUGCUGGGAGUCUGGAGCAGUGGCCAUGCGGUGCAGAGUCUGGUCCAGUUUAAAACCAGUGAGGCUCUGAAGUGGCUCAGCAUGACCGGACCGUCGUCACUGUUGGAGAGAACAGGACUCACUCAGGCUGUUCGAGAGCGGAGGAAAUUCAGAUCCUCCAAGAUCACCAACAUCACACUGGGGGGUCUGCAGGGUGAUGUGUGUGACUGGUUACUGCAGUGCCCAGCAGGAUAUAAGUGUGGGUCUCAGCCUGGCUCUUCAAACUACAGCUGUUCUUCUAUCUGCCACUCUGACCACUGCCACCACCACGGUAUCUGCACUCAUCACCCAGGCCAGUUUCCAGUUUGUCGCUGCCUUGUAGGAGAGGACUUCUGGUACAUGGGUCAGAGGUGUGACGUGAGGAUGACUCGGGCGCGGCUCGUGGGUGCAUGUCUCGCCAUCUUGCUCAUCAUGGUGACAGCGAUAGGUGUUUUGGCCUUUGUUGCAGUGCGACGCUACAAAGCUGCUCUGAUCCAGGCCAAAGUGGAUCAGACUCGGAGCAGCUAUCGCAGGUUCAACCAUUUUGAUGAGCUGUCAGGACGGUUCUGGUUGCGUUCGUGGGCAGGAUCAGCAGACUCGCUGGAUAAUCCUGCUUUCACACGCUCUGAUGAGUUAUUGCACCUGCGGGCACUCGACCGCCCCUGCUGUUACCACGACGACACGCUGUCGCUGGCAUCCACCUGCCCCAGCCAUGGCACACGCAUCAACACAAUCUACCCGCACAGCUCUCAGUAUGGUUGGAGAGGAAGCGAGGUGAGCAUGGGGGAAGGUGUGCUGGACUCAGGUAAGGCCAGUGACCUCUCCGUGUGCAGCUGGCCUGUUGAACCCAUUCAGUGGACUCCUUUCCCGAUUCUGCAGCAACUGGCUUCUCACAGGACGCCCACAGUGAGGGUGUCGAGGCCUCGGUCCUACUGUGAGGGGAUGGAGCUGGUGGACAUGAAGAGCUGGACUGCUUGAGACGCAAAAAGAAGAAACACAAAGGUCUUACACUGGUUGAUGUCACUUAACGUCAAAUCCUGUGCCUUAAAUACUGUUGUUUUGUUGAUAGAUGUAAGAGGAUAACUGUAAAUGUGUAUAUGUGUAUAUGUGUGUCUCUAUUUUUGUUAAAUUGUUGCUACAUUUUCCAGUUUUGUCUCAAAUUUGUUUCUUGUAAGCUUAUUCUGACUGCAUGAAGGACAACAGAAAAACAAAGAGGCCGUGUUAAUGUCUACACAAUGCUUUGAUGGACAUAAAUGAUACUCAGGGUAAGAAUAAUUGUAUUGUGUAUGCAUUUGUCAUUAAAAAUAUAAGUCCAA